AGGCCAGCAGCUUGAUGCGGGUGAGCUGCGCGGGGCGGCAGGACAUGCCGGGGGGCCAGGAGCAGCCGGGGCCGCCGCUCUCGCACGUGGUGUGGCGCACCCAGCGGGGCCAGAAGACGGGUCCCAGAUCGACCCAGGCGGAGGUGAGGCGGCAGGUGGCCCUUUCCACCAGCCACUGCCGCAGGCGGCGGGCCAGGGCCGCCGGCAGCUCCGGGGGCAGCCCUGAGGCGGCGGGCAGCAGGGCGGGCAGCUCCAGCCCCUCCGCCUCUCGCCACAGCUGGCGGUGGUACCGCCCGGCGCCCUCGGCCAGAUCCCUGCUCAUGGACUCCAGGUUCUCCUCGAGGGCGCUGCCGUUGCGGCCCCGGGGCUCCUCGGUCGCCAUCCAGAAGGGGUCGAAGGCCGAGCCCAGGAGCCGGCGCAGCCGCCCGGGUCGCAGGUGCCGGGGCUUGGGAGAGUAGCGAUAAUCCUUGGGGGAGAGCGAGAGGCUGUAGGGCCUCACCGGGGCCGAGGGGUGGCCGCGCAGCAGGUGGGCGGUGGGGUCAGCGGUGCUGGACGGUGGCGGCAGCAGCUCCCGAGGUUCCUCCGGCGGCGGCGGUGGGCUUGGGAUGCCCAGUGGUGGGAGCAGGCAGAGGAGGAGGAGGAUGAGGCAGCUGCCGUGCGGUCCCUCCAUGGCGAGCGGCGCCGUGGCAGGCUGUGCCCGACUGCAGGCUUGCACUCCGCCGCAUCCCCUGGGUUAUCGCCGCGUCCCGAGGCAUGGCCUUCCCCUUUUCCCUGGUUACAGCGGCUGAUAGGGAGCGGCGGGAACACCUCGCUCCUUCCCGCCAGAGGGGCAGGUGGCGGGGACAGGCUGUAUGGUCCCUCCUGCCAGGCUGAGGGGUGCCACUGAGCCAGUGGGGAUAUUGGGGCUAAUGUGGAGGGGAAGGGGCCAGCGCCUCCUUCUCCAUCUCCUGCUUCCUCAUUGGAAGAGGCACCUGUGACCUUCCCAGUGAAGAGAAGCUGGUGGCCUUUGAGCUUUGCUGAGAAACGAUCACCAAGCUGCACUCCACCUUAACGCACAUCAGGGCACGGGUCCUAUCACCAGGAUGGACACAGCAGCAGAGCGGCGGGGCAGGAAGGCUGUGUGGGUCGCUGAUGUCUCUUGGCAAAUCAGCCAGCACCCAUGCUGUCCCAGGCAGCUGUGAUGGAGCUAGACCUCUGCAGGUGACCAUCCUGGAGGUCUUGUCCUCCCUCCCACACUGCAGUACUGGGGGAGUGCAGACCUGGAUUGGAUGGAAUCCAAAACCUGCUUUCUCCUCCUUCCCCAGGUCAGACAUUGUGGGAGAGACUUGAUCUGCUCAGUGCCAUGCUACUAACAAUUAAUUAACAACAGCUAGUAACAGCAAUUAAUUGCAGAGGGUUUAAGGCCCUAUCCCAGGGACAGAGCAGGGAUCAGGUUCACAGUGGUGGGAUAUUUACACUCCCCAGAGGUGUUGGAUAGCAUGUCCUGUACCCCCAACAUCAAGAGGUGUCUGCUGAGGUCCAAGGGAGCCUUCCCCACUGCAUCCUCCCUCUUCCACCAGAGAGUAAUGAGCUUUCUCUGCCACCCCCUCCUCUGCAGAAGGAGCAGGGAGAAGCUGAGUGUGCAGGAAACCUGGGCAGAGAGGAGUUAACUCCAACCUCAGGGAGAGGGGAAAAAAAAACCAACAGAGAACUAUGGAUCAGCAGCAAGAGCAGAGGGAGGGAAAAGGGGGAGUGUGAGAGAGCAGAGGAGCUCCAGAAGGAGAGAGAGCAGAGCUGGUGGCAGGCAGCGGGAGGCAGCGGAGCGCUGGACAGGACUGACUGGGAUGACAGAGCUGCCCGGAUAAACUCUUCAGUGGUCUGCAUCCUCCUAACAUUGCCUGAGCUGGACUGGAGGUCUCCCCUGAACGAGUGGCAAAGCUGCAGGCCCUUCCUCAAAAAGGGUCUCCUCCUCAUCCUCACCUACCUGCCACCAUCCAGCCCUCGACCACCUCUCAGCAUUAGGAAAAGGUCCCUGCAGUCUAAGAGGAAGAUGCCAGGGGGACUGAAUGUCUCUUCUGACAGCCUGGAGCUACGAGUAGCAGGGAUUAUUGUGCCCAUCAUCUUCUCCCUCAUCUUCCUUGUGGGUAUUGUGGGGAAUGGGCUGGUGCUGGCUGUGCUGCUGUGGAAUGGCCAAGUCAAGUACUCCACCACCAACCUCUUCAUCCUUAACCUGGCCGUGGCUGACCUGUGCUUCAUCAUCUGCUGUGUCCCUUUCCAGGCCACUAUUUACACCCUGGAUGGGUGGCUCUUUGGGGCCUUUGCCUGCAAGGCUGUGCAUUUACUGAUCUACCUCACCAUGUAUGCCAGCAGCUUCACCCUGGCUGCCGUCUCUGUUGACAGGUACUUGGCCAUUCGCUAUCCACUGAAGUCCCGGGACCUCCGCACCUCCCAAAAUGCAGGAGUGGCCAUUGUGGUGAUCUGGUCACUGUCACUGCUCUUUGCAGGGCCUUACCUCAGUUACUACCAGAUAAUCCAUUACCAUGGUGUGCCCAUCUGUGUCCCCAUCUGGGAGGACCAGCGCCGAAAGGUCCUGGACAUCCUCACGUUUGUAUUUGGAUACCUGCUGCCCGUGACCGUGGUGAGCCUGGCGUACAUUAGGACCAUCAGGUUCUUGUGGACCUCUGUAGACCCCAUAGAAAGAAUCUCAGAGUCUCGGAAAGCCAAGCGUAAGGUCACCAAGAUGAUUGUCACUGUGGCCAUCCUGUUCUGCCUCUGCUGGCUGCCCCACCACCUGGUCAUCCUAUGCUUUUGGUUUGGCCACUUUCCCUUCAACCGGGCCACUUAUGCUUUCCGCCUGGCUUCCCACUGCCUUUCCUAUGCCAACUCCUGCCUCAACCCCAUCGUCUACUCCCUCAUCUCCAAGCAUUUCCGCAAGCAUUUCAAGCAGGUCUUCACCUGCAUCUUUUUCCAGAACAAGAUCAGGAAAAAGAAGAAGAGAAUUGGAAGGAAAGUCCAUAUGGUCAAUGUGGAAAGAGGUUUCACCAACAGGAUGGGAGCUUUCUAUGGAGACAACAUUGAGGUGACUCACGUCCCAGAGAACACCAGGAACAGGGACCUUGAGGGUGCCAGUCAUGCCAGAGCAUGGACUCGGCAGGUUCAAGAUGCCAUGGUCUCUGUUCAGAAGGAGCGAAUGGAGGGGGAAAGUUUGGCAACAGCUGGCCAUUCCCUAGGCAUGAUCCCUCUAAGAGGAACUGUAGGACAAGACCAAGAAGAAGCCCUAGAAAAGGGCUAGACAGGCAAGAAAGUCUCCAUUUGCAUCACAUUUUCCAACCACAUCACAGAGUUUUGCUUUCCUCCAGGAUCAUCAGGUGCACACAUUAUCCCCACUGAGAUGAUUUUAUGUUGGCAGUGAGAGAUGAGCUCGCUCGUUCAAACCCAUUAAACUAAAUCCUCUGCAAUCCUGUAGCCAUGUCUGAGACCUGCUAUGAUCCCAGCUCAAKGUUCACAGUAAACUUUCAAUGACUGCAACACCCCUCCUUUUCGUUAAUUACUUACAGUGUUUAAUUAAUACUGUGUGGAUCCCGAGUAUGUAACCCUUAAUGUGAGGCAGGUUUGUACCUAUAAUUUCUUAAAAGCAGGUGAAAGAGGGGAAGCUUGACAAAAGGUGUUUAGGAAAAGCUGUGUCACUGUGGGACACCCAGACUUCCAUACUGGAGCUGGGGAACAGUUACAGGUUGUCGUGGCACCGGUAGGUGUCCUGACGCCUGCAUGGGCCACAAAAUCCUCYGGUGUCCUCACUUGUCCCAGUGCAUGGUACCGGACGUUGUGUCAAAAGUAAAAGGGUUUUGGCUUCAGCCASUGCUGUAGGCAUUGCAGAGUGGGCUGGGUGACAUCAGGCAGCUUGCAGAGCUGUGAUGUGCAUGAACAAGAUCUCCCUCUUAUUUCUCUUUCUGUUCCCUUCUUCUGUUUGCAUAAAUCUUUCCUUAUUGCUUUGUCCUGCCCACUCUUAAUUCCCAGGUGACGUGGUAUUUCUAACACACACUGAAGCUGCUGUAUGCCUUGCUAGAGGCUCAGCUGCAAGGACAUCCCUUUCUCUCUGUGAAGGCCAGCUGAAGAGCUGUGCUGGGAAUUAGUUUUCUUUUUCCAUUCAAGUGCUUUGUGACGCUUUCUGCUCUUUGAGCCUCCCUCACCUCUAUCCCUGUUUCUGAUUUUUCCACUCCUGCCCUUUCAUGAUAGCUGCUGCUCCUCUAUAGCUGAUGUUUUUCAGAAACAUGUCCAGUGUGCCUUACCCAUCUUCCUGGAACAGCGAGUUCUGCAGCCACCCUCUGCACAUGAUGCCAUGGCUGGUGGCCAGCUCACAUGGCCUCAUCAUUUCUACAGGUGAAGGCUCACUGCACAGCACAAAGCAUUAGAGGGAGAAGGGAACAGCAGUUAGGAACAAAGAUGUGGCACAGUUGGUUUCUGCCUGUUCUUGCUCAAAUGUGGCUGGGCUGUUUCUCACCCCUGAUCCUGCUCCUCCUGGUCUUGGCUUGCAAAAGGAGCAGAUUAGAUCAUGACUGACUGCUGCACGUUGGGGUGAAGCCCAAAUGAAACACGACAGAGAGGACAGGGAAGAUCUUGGGUGAAGGUGCAUUUAGCAUGACAAGUGUCUGCAAGCCCCAUGCCCCUUCACUAAGCUCUGCCUGGUGCUAAGCCCUGGUUUUGGGGAGCACRUGAGCAGGAAGGGCAGGCACUGAGCCUGGGUUGGGAAGGCUCUGGAGCCAGAAGGGAAUUCCUGUCUAUCCAGUAACAGUGUACAUGCUCCAACUGGUUUCUCAGCUCAAAAGCAGCAGUGAACCAAAGAUGUCACAUCCUUGAUAUAGAGUCAGGUUUAAUUAAACCUGAAGGAGUUUGAUUGCUGCUUUCCACGCAGCCUUCCCUCCAGACUUAUUGGCAUUCUGCAGUCUCUGCUCCCAUCUUCUUGCUUUAAUUAAUAACUCUUUUCUCUUAUUUUCUUUCCUGCCUUUCAUGACUCGGGCUGACAUGCUCAUCUUUAACGCUGCAGAGGCUGGUUUGCCACAUCAGUAAAGUGCUGCUGUUCCAAGGUCUGGAACAGGUUAGAUAAAAUGGGAGAGGUGUGAGCAGGUCAGGGCUUUGUAGCUAGUGGUCAGCACCAGCUUUUCUCUGUGGAGUGACAGUCCUGCCAACUAUGUGCUGGUUCUGGUGUCUGGCUUCUCCCCAGCAUGUGUGACAUGAGCCUGACACCACUGGGAGGUGUCAGACCCAGGUGCCAAGAAACUCAUCCUACUUAUGACCCUGUGUACAAAUCUGGCAGCCCAGGGAAGGGAAUUCUGCUUAUUUGCUUUUGGGUUUAGCUGCUGGCUCCUAAUCCAUGACCAGCCUUAGCAGGUUAUGAGCUGAUUAUUUUAAUUCUUCCAACAACUACGUGCUCUMUUUCCCUCUCAGAGACUUUUACAAAAAAACCCUAGAGAAACGCUGCUUGCCAUACCUCCUAAUCAAAACUUGAUGAUUCCUACAUCUAGCCACYCCACAGGCCCUGGCCUGCCCAGGUCUGCUCCUCCAGGGUGGCCAGGCACAAUGCAUGAAGAAGGCAUCUUUCUGUAAGUACCUUUCUGUGAUAGAUGAGAUCUUUGCUCACAGAGUGAGCAAAGGAAGUGGAUGAAAGAGUGCAAGUUUGCCAGAGAGGCUUCCUGGGGCUUCCUUAGCAAUGCAGAUAAUUGCAGUGCUGGAUUUGGAGCCUGCUAGAUAGGCAAAGGUGGAGGGAAUAAAUGAGUUCAGCUGCUGGAGAUUAAUUAUUUUGGYUGCUGAAGAGCUGAACAAAUUCUCAAUGUUCACACAUAUUGCAGCGUGCGCCUUGCAUUCGAUUGUGUAGGUGAAGUGGCUGUUCCAGAGAAAGGUCAUUUAUUUAAUAACAUCCAGCUUUGCUGGGAGGCCUUGUCAGGGUCGCUGCUUCUGCCCUGGGUCCUCUGUGAAACACAAGCAGGUUUUCAGCUCUCGCUUGCCUAAGCCAGAUCCUCAAUUUGGCUGGUUUUGGUUGCAUCUUACAGCACAGCAGCAGCAGCAGAGGCAGGGAGGUUGCUGCUGGGUUCAGCAGCUGGGAAUUCAGCACAUCACAUCCUCUGAAUUUGGAGGGGAAAUAGAGUGUAUUUGGAGGCAGGUAGUGAUGAGAGGGAAGCAAAGCCUAAAGUCCCAGUUGAUGUCAUGGCCCUGAGGACAGGCAUGAAUCAUUGCUCAGGAAGGGAUCUGGGAGGUGCAUUGGAUGGUGUAGCACAAAGAAAAUGAUGAGKUUGGAGUCAUUUUAAUGGGAGAAUAAAUAGGAGAAGAAAACUUGUGCUCUUGUUUCCAUUUGCUGCAGCAGACAC